AGCUGAAGUGUUUAAACUCAUCCUCUACUCAACUUCAUAUUUACUACUUCUCUGCCUUGGACUCUAAAUUAGUUAUUUCUGUCAGUACCCACCAACCUGAAAUCAGACUCUGCGUUAUGGAGUUCUAUCUAAGUUAUCUUUUUCUGUCCUUGAUUUUCUUGCUUGCGGGGUAUUGCAGCUCAUACUUUCAACGAAGGAAGCUGCCACCGGGUCCGAGAGGGCUCCCGAUUCUCGGAAACUUGCUUCAGAUUGGUCCGCUUCCGCACCAGUCCUUGGCUAGACUGGCUAAGACAUAUGGACCUCUCAUGACCAUUCGCCAAGGCGGUGUCACGACAAUUGUGGCCUCUUCAGCCGAUACGGCGCGCCUCGUUCUGCAAAAGCAUGAUGCGGAUAUGUCUGGCAGGAUCAUCCCGGAUGCCAUCACGACGCUGGAGCACCCCUCCCAUGCAGUGGCGUGGCUGCACGCGGGAGAAGAAUGGCGCUUGAUCCGAAGAGUUUUGGCUACUUUUUUGACGAACACGCACAAGCUAGACUCGCUAUGUGAGCUGCGGCAUGGGGUGAUGGGGCAAAUGGUUAAGCAUGUCAAGAAAAUUAGCGAAUUAGGAGAAGAACACGGUGUGGAAAUUGCCAAGUUGGCCUUUACCACGGCCUUAAACCAAAUGUCAAACACUUGUUUUUCGACUAAUGUGGAUGAGUAUAACUAUCAAGAUAGCAAAGGCUUCAAGAGUGCUGUCGCAACUAUCAUGGAGCUUGCUAUGAAAUUCAACGUGGCGGAUUAUUUUCCUCUGCUCAAGGCCUUUGAUCCUCAGAGAUUAAGGCCGAGGGCUAAUGCUGCUUACGGGUGCCUUGAAGGACUCUGCGAUGAGUAUAUUUAUCAGCGGUUACAACACAGAGAGAAUAAGUUACCAAGACACGGAGAUCUCCUGGAUUCUUUGAUUGAUUUCAACCAAGAAAAUCAAUCUGAUUUUACCUUGAAACACAUUCAAGUCCUCUUAGUGGAGUUAUUCUUAGCAGGAACCGAAACUAGUACCAACACGACUGAAUGGGCAAUGACAGAGCUGAUACUCCACCCGGACAAGAUGACGAAGCUACGCAAUGAAAUCGCUGAAUCAGUGAAAGCCAGAGGAAGGAUAGAAGAAUCAGAGCUUCUCAAACUACCCUACUUGCAAGCAGUUGUGAAAGAAACAAUGAGGUUGCAUUUAGCUGUUCCAUUUUUAGUUCCCCACAAGACCGAAACAGAUGUUAAUCUCAAUGGCUACGAGAUACCGAAAAACACACAAGUGCUAGUGAAUGCAUGGGCAAUUGCUAGAGAUUCUAGUUCCUGGGAAAACCCGACAAGUUUUAAGCCGGAGAGAUUCUUGGACUCAGAAGUGGAUUUCAAGGGACAGCAUUUCUCAUUUCUUCCAUUUGGGUCGGGUCGUCGGAUAUGCCCCGGGAUUCCAUUGGCGCACAGAGUGGUGAGCUUGAUGAUUGCUUCAUUGGUUUAUCAUUUUGAGUGGAAGCUUCCAAAUGGCAUGAAACCAGAGGAACUUGAUAUGAGCCAGAGUUUUGGACUUACACUCGUGAGAGCUGUCCCACUGGUCGCUGUACCCAUCACCUUCGAUCAAUAAUACAUGUACUACAGUACUAGACUGAAAUGGAUCUCAGCAAAUCAUAUCCCCAUAUUUAUAUAUAUAUAAUAUCUGUUUUUAUUCCUGCGAAUCGUCGUGGGUUUGAUGCAAAAUAAAUUUUGUUAUUAGAAAUUGCUCAAAUAUUUAUGAUUCAUUUUUAAGCUUUUGUCA